CCAAGUAAAAGCAAAAGUGCGCAUCGGAGUUUCACUCUUGGCAAAAACAAGCUUCUUCCUCCUCGGCCUUGGGAACGAAAGAGCGCGGCUGCUGGUCCUGGGACCCUCCUGGCCGCAGGAUGGGCUUCUUCUUCCUGCCCAGCCUUUCCUCAGAAACCUGGGUGCUGCUUCUCGUCUUCUUGGUCCUUCUGGGGCUCUAUGGGAUUUGGCCAUACAAUUUCUUUAAGAAGCUGGGAAUUCCUGGUCCAAGGCCUCUGCCCUUCAUCGGGACCUUUCUCGAAUAUCGGAAAGGGGUUCUGAAUUUCGACCAGGAGUGUUUUCAGAAGUAUGGCAAAAUCUGGGGAAUUUUUGACGGCCGGCAGCCCCUAUUGGCUAUUCUGGAUCCCAUCAUGAUCAAAACCAUCCUGGUGAAAGAAUUCUACACCCAUUUCACCAACCGCCGGGACUUUGGCUUGAACGGAGACCUGGACACCUCAAUAAUCACAGUCCCAGAUGAGCAAUGGAAGCGGAUUCGCACCGUCCUCUCGCCCACUUUCACCAGCGGGAGGCUGAAGGAAAUGUUGCCCAUCAUCAACCGAUAUGGAGGAAUGCUGGCGAAGAACGUCCAGAAGAAAUCAGACAACGAUGAACCCAUGGACAUGAAAGAGAUCUUUGGCGCUUACAGCAUGGACGUAGUGACCAGCACAUCGUUCAGCGUUGACAUCGAUUCCCUGAACAACCCCAACGAUCCUUUCGUCAAGAACAUCAAAAAGUUCCUCAAGUUCAGCUUUCUGAAUCCAAUGUUCAUUCUGAUAAUCAUCUUCCCGUUCCUGAUACCACUGCUGAAUAAACUAAACUUCACCCUGGCAUCUACCGCCUUCAUAAACUUCUUUGUUGAUGCUGUCAAAAAAAUCAAGAAGGACCGUCAGAAGAACCAGCACACGGACAGAGUUGACUUUCUGCAGCUCAUGGUAGACUCCCAGAUCUCAGGCAACGUCUCCAAUGAAGCAAGUUCCUAUAAAGUUCUGACUGACAGAGAGAUUACGGCCCAGGCCAUUAUAUUUAUUUUUGCUGGUUACGAGACCACCAGCACCACUCUCAGCUUCCUGUCUUACUGUCUGGCCACCCACCCAGAUGUGCAGCAGAAGCUGCAGGAUGAGAUCGAUGAGGCUCUUCCCAAUCAGGCCACUCCCACCUAUGAAGCCGUCCUUCAGUUGGAGUAUCUGGACAUGGUGGUGAACGAAACGCUUCGGCUUUAUCCUCCGGGAGGGCGGAUCGAAAGGGUUUGCAAAAACACCGUGGAGGUCAACGGAGUGACGAUCCCCAAAGGAACAGCAAUCAUAAUCCCUGCCUUUGUCUUGCACCGUGACCCAGAACAUUGGCCGGAACCGGAAGAGUUCAGACCCGAAAGGUUCAGUAAAGAGAACAAGGAAGCCAUUGACCCAUACGUCUUCCUGCCCUUUGGUGCAGGUCCUAGGAACUGCAUAGGGAUGCGCUUCGCCCUCCUGGUCUUGAAAGUGGCGGUGGUGGUCUUGCUGCAACGAUUUUCCUUCCGUCCCUGCAAAGAGACUCCGAUCCCCAUGGAACUGGACAGCAAAGGGUUCAUGAAACCGAAAAAGCCCAUCAUGCUGAAGCUGGUCCCUAGAGCCGUUGCUUCUCCGGAGGAAUAAAGGAAGGGGACACAGCAAAGAGGCGGAGAUAGGUGCUACCUCCCUCUUUCCACACCGUGUUGCCUUCACCUCGUUGAGGACUAGUGACUUGCAGUGACAGAACUGUGCAGAGGAAAUUGUGCCUUUUGUUUUGCAGAGUUUUACUGACCUGAUAAUUCACUGUUUACUUAAGCUUAUGUGGUAAGCAGCAGGAAAGGAUAAAGACGUACUCAAUUUUUAUGACCUGAUUGUUAAAUUUAAAAAUGGGGGGGGGGGGUUAUAUAUGCUGCUUCCUGGCCAAGGGUCAAGGUUUCAUAAUUUAAAAUCAUGGCAAGAAAGAAAUUGCAAUAUGUGCUGUAGCAGUAAGAUGUCAGCGUUUUCAGACCCGAGACCCCAUUUUUACCUAAACAUGGAUUUGCAGGACGCAUUCCUUAAGGUUUUUUUUUUUUUACCAGGUAUGGUAAAAAUGGUGGCCAUGUUGCAGUUGUGACCCACUUUAAAUCAGGCUGUGACCUGGUAGCAGAUCUUCACCCAGCCUCCUGUGCAACCUUGCUGCCCAGGGCUGAGGUCUGCAACGUUUUGGCAGUGUCCAACCCGGGCACUUUGUGGUUCUCGUUCACCUUCCACAUUUGCAUCUCAGAGCCAGAAAGUCCCCCUCUCCCUUUUCCCCAGCUCCACUCCACCAAAUGUCCCAUCAUCUCCCCUACCUCUGUGACCCAAACAGGAAGACCCAUUUCCCACUCCCCAGUGCAAAGCACUGUGUUCUGUACUUACCUCCCGUAUGUUGCCAAGAUCUUUGGGUCAGAGGUCUUCAGCUUGGGUGCUCAUGCUUUUGGAGGUGAGGGGAGACAUCCAGAUGACUCUCAGAGACAGGGCCUUCUUGGUGUUGGCCCCCUGUGUGUGCAGAACUCGCUCCAUGGAUCGAUCUGCCAGGCCCCAACACCACUGACCUUUCUGUGUCACCUUAAAACUCCGCUUUUCUCUUAGACGUCAGAGGUUUAGAUUUUCUUGUUGAACACAUUUGCUGAUUUCCAGUGUGGCAGCACAUUUUGAAUGUGGUUUUUUUUUUUUAAUGCAUUGUGUCUGCUGCUGGACUGUUCAGUUUUUUGUGCCACCCGGGGGCCUUCUAUUCAUAGAAAUACAUAGAUAUACAUAUGCAUAGAUAUACAUAUAUAAAAUAAAUAAAUCUAUGGUUUGCAACA